AUGAUAUUAAAAUUUUUGAAGAGUGUGAAAUUAAAAGAGAAGAUAUAUUUUAUACAAGUAUGGAAUUCAUGUCAUAAUUCAAAUUUAGUUAUUAAACAUUGUGAAAAGACAAUUGAGGAUUUAGGAAUUGGUUAUUUAGAUUUAUAUUUAAUUCAUUGGCCAAUUGCAUUUAAAAAUGCAAAUCCAUCAGAUGUUACAAUUGAUUGGAUAAAAGAUGAAAAUGGUUAUCAAAAAAUUGCACCAAUAUCAAUUCGUGAAACUUGGCAAGAAAUGGAAAAAUUAGUUGAACUUGCUGCAUAUAGUCCAUUAAGUAGAGGUAAAUGUGAUUUUUUUAAUAAUGAAAUCCUAAAAUCAAUAGCUGAUAAAUAUAAAAAAUCAGUUGCAAAUGUUAUUUUUAAAUGGUUAAAUCAAAGAGGUAUUGCAGCUAUUCCAAAAUCUGCAAAUCAUUCUCAUAUAAUUUAA